AUGUGCUGCUCCCCUUGCUGCCAGCCCACCUGCUGUGGGACCACCUGCUGUGGGACCACCUGUUGCCAGCCCAGCUGCUGCUGCCGCCCAUGCUGCUGCCGCCCAUGCUGCGUGUCCAGCUGCUGCCAGCCCAGCUGCUGCUGCCGCCCAUGCUGCGUGUCCAGCUGCUGCCAGCCCAGCUGCUGCUGCCGCCCAUGCUGCGUGUCCAGCUGCUGCCGGCCCUGCUGCUGCUGCCGCCCAUGCUGCGUGUCCAGCUGCUGCCAGCCCUGCUGCCGCCCAUGCUGCGUGUCCAGCUGCUGCCGCCCAUGCUGCUGCUGCCGCCCAUGCUGCGUGUCCAGCUGCUGCCAGCCCUGCUGCCGCCCAUGCUGCGUGUCCAGCUGCUGCCGCCCAUGCUGCUGCUGCCGCCCAUGCUGCGUGUCCAGCUGCUGCCAGCCCUGCUGCCGCCCAUGCUGCGUGUCCAGCUGCUGCUGCCGCCCAUGCUGUGUGUCCAGCUGCUGCCAGCCUUCCUGCUGCUGA